CCUCCCUCCCUCCUCCUGCUGGAGAUGAUCAGAGAGAGUACUAUUGGGAAUAUCAUUCCAAACUCCUCUUUCAAAUGGAACAGGGAUGGGUCUCUCUUGGUCUGUUAUCCCCUACUCCACUGUCAUUGAAUGACAAUUUAAACAAUUGAGGGAUAGGUUAGACCAAGUGCAGGAUCAGCCAGCUUCACACUGGAGUGGAAGUAAACCAUGUAACUGCAGGAGACAUUCAGCAACCUGUCCCUCUUCUCCCCCCCCCCCCCUUUCUUCUUCCCCUUUCAUCCUUCCUAUGCUUAUUGGGAAUGGCUCCAUCAGCCCUAGAGAUGCUAUUGGCUUUUUUUUCUCAACAUCCUGGGUCAAGUGACCUCUGGGUCUCAGCUUCUUGAUUUAGAGCUGGUAAGGAAAUCUUUAGAGCCUCAUUUUAUAAAUGAGGAAUCUUAAGCCUAAGGAGGUUGAGUGACUUUCCCAAGACCAUCCAGAUCAUAAGCUUCAGAAGCAGGAUUUGAAUCUAGAUCACCUUACUCCAAAGACAACUUUUUUGUAGUUUCCAUGGUGAUAUUUACCCUAAUUGCUUAUAUAUUUUGAAAAUGAAUCAGGAAUAGAAAGUGCCCUUUAUAGUAGCAGGGGUCUCUAAGGAGAAGAGGGGGGGGGGCACCAGGGGGCUUCAAUGCCAUACGAUCAUUGUCAAAGUAUUCAUGUUUUUUUUUCACAUUAUGGCCACUGUUAAUGGUUCAAGAAUAGAAAUAUUCAUUUGUGUAUUCAUUUGCAUGUAAUAAUGCUAUUAUUUCUCAAUGUCAGAAUAAAUAGGAACCUCCUAGAUCUUUCCCCUGGUUUCAGCCCCUGCCCUUCUACAAUGAAUUCCCUCUACUCAUAGCUCUUAAAUUGUUUUUUCAUUGUCCCCAGUCUCUAAUCCUUUAUUCUUCUUAUUGCUGUUGUUCUGGAGCAUUCCAACUGGGAAAACUUGAGAUUGGGCUUCUUUUUUUAUGGACCCGGGCUGGCCUGGUGUUGAUUUCAAGCUUGGACUUCUCAAGGCUUUUCUGCUCUCCCCAAGGCCUUUUUUCAAAGGCUACACAGAGGACAGACAGCCCAAGGCAGCCAUGGCUUGGCUCCCUGGAUCCCUAGUGUUCUGGACAAUGCUGACCCUCAUCUACCUGAUCGCCCCAGGAUGCCCUGUGGAAGUGAAAGUGCCAAUUGAACCCUUGAGCAAACCUGCUGGUGAAGCGGUAGAGCUGACCUGUAGCUACCACACAUCCGUGGGAGAAAACUUUGCACUGAAAUGGAGCUUUGUCCAGCCUGGUAAUCCCAUCUCCUCAGAUGAGACUAUCCUAUAUUUCACCAAUAAUGAGCUAUAUCUGACUGGACCCCAGGCAAAGAGGGUCACUCUGCUGCAGAAUCCCCCUACAGAAGGGAUAGCCACACUUCGACUGACAGAUAUUCAAUCUUCAGACACUGGAACCUAUCUCUGCCAAGUCAACAACCCGCCAGACUUCCACAGUAAUGGCCUGGGGCUGGUCAAUCUCACAGUGCUGGUACCCCCAACAAAGCCCACAUGUGGACAAAGUGGGCAGGUCUCAGUAGGAGGGGGUGCUGCAUUGAGCUGCAGUUCUUCAGGGGGUGCCCCCCGUCCUGUGUACACCUGGGUUCGAUUGGGUUCUGCUCCUACUCCAGCUCCUGGCAGCAUGGUACAAGAUGAGAUCUCUGGUCGGCUCAUCCUCACCAACCUCUCUCUCUCUUCCUCUGGAGUCUAUCGAUGUGUGGCUGCCAAUCAGUUAGGCAGUGCCUUCUGUGAACUGACCCUUGCAGUAGCUGACCCUUCCAAGGGCAGGGUUGCAGGGGCUGUGAUAGGUGUCCUCCUGGGCUUGCUGUUUUUGGUGGUAGGUGUAUUCUGCCUACUGAAGUUCCAGAAGCAGAGGAGUAAGAAGCCAAAGGAGAUGUAUGGGGGCAAUGACCUUAGAGAGGAUGCCAAGGCCCCAGGGGUUUAUGACUCACCUCUCGAGAGAGGCCAUUCAGAUGUUGGGCUACUAGAGAGGUCCCCUUCUGCCAGCACAGUGACUACCACCAAGUCCAAGCUCCCAAUGGUUGUUUGACAGCUUUCUGUGUUCUACUGCCUCAAUCCUCAGGAACGUGGAUUUAUAAUUAAAGUCCUAGUUUUCAGUA